UUAGGAUUGUAUGGAUAUAUUGUAGUGGAGGCACCUGUCUGUACAUUACAUGCAUUACAUGUAGAGAACCGAUUAUGCAGUUGUGGUGAAUUUUGGUUCGGACAUUGAUUUUGCACGAGCAUCGAUACAACAAAGUUGUUUAACUUGAGCAGAUUUUUUUUUAUUUCACAUAAUGAAGUGAAAAAGUAAAUGUUCCCAAUCAAAGUGCAAGAAAACAUGUUGCAGCUAUCCAGAUGAUACUGUGCUGUUGUAUACAGCGACAGCAGCAAGUGUGUAAUGUCCAUUUCUUUCUGCUUUGUUAUACACCACUAUUGCUGGCUACCAUGUCUGCGUCUCUUGAUGCUCUCAAGUAUAUAUUGUCAAUUGGUGCUGACUGGAAGAAAAGCGACAGUAAGGGAAACAGUAUGGUUCAGUUGGGGGUGCUGUAUUUUCACACUGAGAUGCUGAAGCACCUGAUUGAGCUUAAUCUGGAAGAGCUGCCAGUUUGGAAACUUCUUGUAGGUAUGUGUUCAUUUUAGACCAGGGGUAUGCAGAUAAGAGGAAAAUCCAAGUAAUUCCCUUUAAUUUGUUUUUAAUUGACAGCUGUUGCAUUAAAUCGAAGCAAGACUUUUUAAAAACGUGUUAAUGUCACAACAAGAAACACUGCCUUUCUUGCAUCUGAACAAUAAAGUACCAGUGUGACUGUUUGGUCAACUGACACAAAAUGUCAGGAAACUAGCAAAUGCCAUUGAUUCAUCACUUACAGAUGCUCUCUUUCCUUAGCUCUACCUUAAGAGCUUAUCACUUUGAAUGAUCUGUCUGCCACUGUGUUUACUAGGAGAUGCAUUUGUUUGUGGAGUUUAAUCAGGUUAAAUCUUGCCCUGAACCACAAUUUCAUAAUUCACAGCGGACAGGAAGACCUAAGGAAGUGAAAUCAAAGUGAAAACAAAUGAGACAACACUUUUUUUGUGUGUUGUGUAAUUAAAAUGCUGUGAAUUGGUUUGUUCUAUUUAAUUAAUACCUAGCUAUUUAAAACAUGUAAAAAAUAAUAAAUCGGGGAAAGUGAGGAUGCUGAUGUUUCCUGGUUUUUCCAAUUAUUGGCUGUUAUUAGAUUUUAGCAUCCUCUAGUGGUAGAAAUGAUAAGGUUAAAGAUGCAGAUGCACUUUCCUUCUUACAGAACUGUGUUAACUCUCCAAUUUUUUUAUGAUUUGUAUAGCCCAACUGGAAAUGUUAAAUUAUACUCGUUAUUAUUCCUUCCUGGAGAUGACAGGUGUAAAUACUUAUACUUAAAAAUGUUCAUACAUAAGAGAACCGCGUAUCCCAAUGUGGUCAAAUUUACUAUUACAUAUUGAGAGUUUUCAGAAUAUGGUGAUAUCAGGAGGGGCUUAUCAUCUGUUCUUUACAUACAUACAUAUGUCACAAUGACAUUUUUACAUACAGACCAAUUCAAUUGAGGUCAAACUUAUAGUAUAUACUUAUACUUUUAUAUUGAGACUGUUUGUCUGUCUGUAUGUCUCACUGACAUUUUUAAAUCUACAUUACAUCAUGACAUGUUUACUUUCAUAAAUACAAAUGCUUUCAAUAUAUUCUCAUCCACACAUUUUUCGUUUACUGACCUUUACCUGUUUUGAAUUUACAACCUAGGCAGGGAAUCUAUGUUACUAACUUACUAGUUACAUGUAUAACCCUAAUGGUGAUUUUGUUCUGAUUAUUAUUAGAGAUGCUUUGGUGUGAAGAUGAAACUAAGAAAGACAUGUCAGUGAGGUGCUUAGAAGUCCUUUGUGUGGCUGCAGAAACCCACUGGAAAGACGUUAUUCCUGGCGGUGAUGGAUUGUGGCUCAUAUUAAUUAACUUGCCUUUUACUUUUGGAGACUAAUAGCAAUUCAUAGUAGUACAGAAUCACUUUUUUACAAUAGAAUUAUAAAUCCUCCCAAGUCUUUCAUUAACAGUACUUAUUACAAUUGGUUUGGUUUUCUCAGUUGUCCUGGUCUAUACGAAAGUGUGAUUUUAUUUAAAUUCUUUGAUCUAAGGAUUGUUUGGAAAAAGUAUGAACAGUAGCCAUGUGGCGUAUUAGUGAUGUCAAAUAAUGUGAAUGUUAAAUAUCCAUUUCAAAUAUUUAAUAUAAACUGCAUGCAUGCAUACGCUAUAAACUCAAAACUAAUCACUCACCCAUAGCUCUUCAGUUCCCCACAUGCUAUUCUGUCAGUGUAUAACAUUCUCGUCUCAUCUAUCAGAUUCUUUCCAUUCUGUGUUGCAGGUGGAAAUCCCAUCCCUGGUUGAUUUAUUACAUUAGCCAGCAGGAGAACCUGCGGUGUGUUGCUGCUGCUGUGCUUUGUAAUAUUUCAAAUCAGGUGCCCGUUUCCCUUGCUGUGGUGGAAUGCAGAGCUAUUCCUGUGCUUCUCCAGAUGCUUCAGACACAGUGUCCUGAACUUCAGUCCUACAGCUCUGCCAUCCUGGCUAAUCUUGCACACAUCAAUGACAACCAGACCCUUGUUGCUAAAUUAGGUCUAAUACCCCCUCUGGUGAAGCUGUUGCAUUCAGACAUUGACAAUGUGCUACUUAAUGUAGUUAACUGUCUCUGUGUGAUGUGUAUCAACAAUCCAGCCAAUCAAAGCACAGUUACACAAGAGGGCGGGAUUACACCAUUGAUGCUCAGAUCAUUUCUGGCAGAGAUGGCACAGGGCUACCGGCAGAACCAGGAUGCCAUCACCCCACUAGGUUGCCAAGCAGUGAUUGCCCUGAGUCAGGACAGAUCUGUCAGAAUAGUGGAGUUGGUCCAUUGAUCAGGCUGCUGUGGAACUCCAGGACGACAGAGCACACCCUUUUUAUCCAUUCCCCUUAAAAUUAAUUGGAUAAACACUUUAAUAGACAAACUAAACCUAGUAUAAAGUUUGUAUACAACUUUUUCAAUCAUAACAAUGUUGAUCUAGUAUAUGGACACAUUGUCACAGCUCUUCUAACAAAAAUAAAUAAAUAGAGCAAAC